AUGCCGGUGGGACCGCCAAUCCAACGGCUUUCAGACGACCUACUGUCGAGAAUAAUCUCACUGCUCUCUAGAUCCGACGGUCAGUUGAGCCACGCUAGCGUCUGCCAGCAGUGGCACGACAUCGCGUAUCGCGUACAAGACAGCAUCUGCUUGAGCGCGGACCGCUUCCUGGAUACGCGUCAGCUACUUCCUCAGCUUUCACGGUUCGUCAAUCUCAAAAAGAUCGACCUCUCCGCUGGCAGCCUGAAAGCCGUCUCCGAUGAUCUUCUCUGCUGCCUCUCCGACACGUGUCACAAUCUCACCGAUUUUCGCGUCGCUUUUCACAAGCCAGACUCGUUCGGUCAAUCCGACAGCAGCGGAGUUUUUACGGAGGACGGACUUUCCCGCCUUUUCACCAACUGCACUCGUCUGCAAGACCUUCAUCUGCACUGCCCGGAUCAUCUCACCGCCAUUCCUCCUUCCAUCGACCAUCUCGCUUCUCUCACGAAUUUUCAUCUCCAGGCCGAAGGGGUCGAGAUUCUGCCCGAUACGUUCACCUCGUUACAAUCACUCCGACACCUGGUGCUUCGCUUGGCCAAGCUGGAAGAUUUUCCGCAGAAUCUCGAAAAUCUGACUCUUCUGGAGUCGCUGGUUCUCGAAGACUGCGCGUCGAUGGUGCCAAUCCCGGAAUCGAUUGAGAAACUUGCGAAUUUACACCGUCUUUCCUUCAUCGGCUUUUGGUUGCUUCGGCUGCCCGAUUCUCUUUCCAACCUUUCAUCCCUGGAGUUCCUGGAGAUUCGAAAGUCUGUAAUCGUUCAAAAGCUACCCGCGAAUCUCGUGCACCUUCACGCGCUGGAAACUCUUCACCUGCAGGAUAUAUUCAAAACGCCCGACCUGACCGAGUCUCUCGGGCAGCUACAGCGGUUAAAGCGUUUUACUAUGAUCAACUGCCUUACCAUUUCGUCUCUGCCUCGGGAUCUCAUCCGUCUUCCUUCACUCACGGAUCUCGACCUAUCCCUUCCAGAACUUUCCGAGCUGCCCGCCGAAAUCGGUCAGAUAUCAAAGCUUCAGACGCUCGCGCUGACUGACGUUAAGAACGUUACCAGCCUUCCUGAUUCCAUCUCCCUAGCCACUUCGCUCCAAAAGCUUUCCCUCAACGGUCUCGUUAAUUUGACUUCUCUGCCCGAGGAAUUCGGGCAGCUGGCCGCUCUAGAGACACUCCACCUGGAUGCCCUUCCGCAGCUCACACACCUGCCUGAAUCCUUCGGGAACUUGACAAAUCUUCGAUACUUAAGAUUCAUGGUGUGUUACCAGCUGCAGCAGCUGCCCGAAUCCUUAUCCGCGUUAGUAUCCCUUGAGCACCUGAUUCUGUUAGAUUGCUGGCGGCUCACCUCACUACCAAGCAGCGUGGGAAACGGGCUGCCGAAUCUGCGCGAGUUAGAUAUUCUUUACUGCAGAUCUCUCACUGGCCUCCCUCCUUCAAUCUCCAACCUGUCUUCCCUCAAAUCCCUGAGCAUCAUGCGAGCAAGGCGUUUCACAGGCAAACUGCCCGAGGGGUUGGGCAGCUUGGGAAAGCUGGAGAAGUUAUUCCUACGUGACAUGCGCCAUCUGUCUGGCCUUCCUGCCUCUGUCUCCGGCCUUCUCUCUCUCACCAGCCUGGUGCUGAUAAACUGCCCGGAGGUAGAAUCUCUGCCUGAGGAUAUUGGACGGCUGGGAUCGCUCCAGGAGCUCAAGCUUUUGAAGCUGCAGCGCUUGGAUUGCAUCCCUGGGCGUUCGAUCAUGGACGUUGACGGUGACGGAGAGCAGCGGAUGCGGUUCAGCCUGGACGGAGAUUUCGACGACGGCCAGUUCAUUAACGGAGAGUUCUUCUCCUCGUCGCGCCGUCAGGGCCGUCAGCAGACCCGCGACGACGUCCUGUACGGUGUCUUUAACGAAGCAUCUGAUGACGAGGAUGACGACGAUGAAGGAUUCGGCGGUGGGGGUAAGAGACGGAGGAAGAAGCGUCGCGGAAAAGACGAUCUGAUGGGAAAAGGCGAUUUUACGAAACCCGUUUGGGAGCCAGGGGGGAGGCGCAAGGAGGAGGAGGAGGAGGAGGAGGAAGAGGAUCACUUAGCGAAGACGGCUUUCGGUCAGCGGCUAAGGGAGCGAGCGGAGCAGAGGAGGGAGAUGGAGAGGGAGCGAGCGAAGCAGGAGAAGCAGGAGGCGUCGUUUUUCGCGCAGCAGAAGGCGACUAGAGGGGUUGCAGGCGGUCUGUUUGGUUCUGGUGGUGGAGGAGGGGGAGGGAAGGGUGCUGCUCACGGCGUGGGAGCGUUCGAGAAGCACACUAAAGGAAUAGGGAUGAAGCUUUUAGAGAAGAUGGGGUACAAGGGCGGCGGGCUGGGUAAAAACCAGCAGGGUAUAGCGAAGCCGAUAGAAGCGAAGCUGCGGCCGAAGAACAUGGGCAUGGGCUUUAACGACUUCAAGGAGAAAGAAGUCGGGUUACCACCCCCGCCGUCCGGGAAAGACGGGGAGGUGGUGGGAGCGGAAGGGGAGGGGGGAGUGGCGGUGGAGGUAGUGGAAAAGAGGGGGCGGGAGAAGCUAUGGAAGAAGAAAUUCGCGGGGAGGAGGAAGGAGUAUAAAACUGCUGCGGAAUUGCUGGAAGAGAAGCAGGCGGAGGGGCGGGAGGUGACUCAGACGAUCCUGGACAUGCGUGGAGCUCAGGUCCGCGUGUUGACGAACAUGGACCGGUUGAACGAGGAGCAGAAGCUUCAGGAGGACGACACGCCGAUGCCCGAGCUGCAGCACAACCUGCGACUCGUGGUCGACCUAGCAGAGGCAGACAUUCAAACCAUCGACAAGCGCCUAAGGUUCCAACGAGACUCGCUCACCGCUCUCAAGCACGAGCGCGACCGCACGCAGCAGCGCAUGCAGCAGCAGGCGCAGCAGCUGACAGACCUCCAAAGGAUCGUCGGCGUGCUGGAGAAUGUUUUAUCGUCUGCCCCUCCCCCGCUGCCGCCCCCGUCGACGGCAAGUGCUGAAGCCCUCGCGCAGGACUCGCACGCGAUUGCGACAUCUGUCGCGACGCCAUUGGCCGCGCUGCGGAGGCUGAGGGAGCAGCAUCCCGAGGAGUUCAAGAUGUAUAACGUCUCGGCGGUGGCGUUAGGGUUUGUGCUCCCCCGUCUCGCUCCGCUUUUCCGCACCUGGAACCCCCUUGCUCACCCGUCGCACGGCCACGCUGUGCUAUCCUCCUGGCGCUCCGUGUUAGCACGAGACAUAGGAGGAAGAGGAGGAGCGAAGGGAGGAGGAGGCGAGAGUGAGGAGGACAAUGGGGCGAUUUUUGCUGACGUGGCACUGGCUGAUUCGGUGGCAGAUCCGGGAGCAGCAGCAGGAGGGGUGGGAGGGGCACCCGCUGAGAUGGACCCAUACGCUCGCCUAGUCGCGGAUCUCGUGCUGCCAGCUGUCAGAUCCGCAGUGGUCAAUCUCUGGGAGCCUCGGGAACCCGAGCCUCUCCUGAACUUUCUUGACACGUGGCGCGCUCCCGUGCUGCCAUCUGUCCUCCUGAGAACGAUCCUGGCCCACCUGGUGUUCCCGAAGCUGGCAGCCACGGUGGAGGCUUGGGACCCGAGGCUGGAAACCGUACCUGUCCACCAGUGGCUGCACCCGUGGCUGCCGUACCUAGGGUCCCAGCUCGAGACCCUCUACCCAACCAUACGCUUCAGGCUCGGAUCUGCCCUCACCGCAUGGCACCCAUCCGAUUCGUCCGCUCUUGCAAUGCUGGCGCCGUGGAAAUCUGUGUUUGACGCUGCAAGCUGGGACACUCUAGUGAGUCGAUCCAUCGUCCCGAAGCUUAUACACUUACUGCAGACUGAGUUCUUAGUGAAUCCGCAGCAGCAGCAGCUGGAGCCGUUUCAUUGGGCCAUGUCGUGGGCCGGUGUGGUCCCCACGCGCCACCUCAUCGCCUUGCUGGACACGGCAUUCUUCCCGCAGUGGCACCAGGUGCUCUACCAUUGGCUGUGCGCAAACCCUAAUUUCGAUGAGGUCACCAGAUGGUAUCUGGGUUGGAAGGCGCUUUUUCCUGCUGAGCUUUUGAGCUCGGAAAGGGUGCGGCAGCAAUUGAAUGUCGCUUUAGAUAUGAUGAAUCAGGCUGUAGAGGGGAUGCCGGUUUUGCAACCCGGCGUGAAGGAGAACGUCUCUUACUUAAGAGUUUCGGAGCAGCAGGCAUUUGCCGAUGGGUCUAGAACGUACGGUGACUUAUCAGGGCGCAGCGCUUACUCUCCGAAACGUCAGCUUUCUGUUGUGUUACUUAUCGUAGCUAUCCUGGAAGCGGGCUUCCUCGUGGUGUUCUCGCCUCCCGUCAAAGCACAGGCGGUCGCAGACUCUCAGAAACCUGCUCUUCAAGUUAUCUUGAACGCAUGGGGUCAGUCCCUGCAGCUGAGCCAGACGUGGUUCGUCGCAUCAGACUGUUCGCAAUGGCUCGGUCUCACUUGCAACUCGCUUGGCGAGGUCAUUUCUCUAGAGUUCCCGGGACGAACUGAGCUCCGAGGAGCUUCGAUUCCGGCCGCCGUGACGCAGCUCACGGCCCUUCAGAAAUUGUCCCUGGACCACACCCUGCUCGUUGGCGAAAUCCCUGCUGACAUCGGAUUCUUAACUGCGCUGACGAAUCUGUCGCUUAGCGGAAACGCCUUGACUGGUGGGCUUCCAAUCAGCAUAGCCAGUCUGGUUAAUCUGCGUUCACUGGAUGUAAGUUCAAACCGCUUGACCGGAGACAUUCCUAACGUCUUCAGUGGGCUCACUGCUCUCACCAUCCUAGCCCUCGGGUCCAAUGGCUUCACUGGAGUCUUUCCACCUGCUCUCCUCAGCCUUUCCCAACUCCAGUUCCUGCUUGUGGGAGACAAUCAGUUCUCCGGUUUUCUUCCGGAGAGUAUCGUCGGCCUGCAAUCCCUCGUCGCAUUGGACGUCAGCCGCAAUCAAUUUUAUGGCAACCUACCCGCCGCGCUUGGAGCUUUUACCGGCCUCGUCUUUCUUGACGUCAGCAACAACCAGUUCAGCGGAACUCCUACCUCCUCCUUCGCCUCUGCUUCGCUCGCAAACACCGCUCAGGCAACCUACGAUCUGAGCGGAAAUUUUUUCAGCAGCCUUCCGGCUGGCUACACCGCGCAGUCUGCGGAUUUCUGCCCGUCGAAUCUUGAGGGGGCUUUCGCGCAGGCGAAUCUCGCCCAGUUCGGCGCGUCAAAGUCCAGCAGCUUGAGGGAAAAUUGUUUUCUGGGGGGAAAUUGGAACGUUUCGGAACAUUUCAAUAAUGGGAAGGGCAAGAGCAACAAGAAAGAUCCGAAGAAGUUUGCGGGGAGCAGUGGGGGAAGCGCUAGCGCUGGGACUGGUUGCAGCGUUGCCGCGCAGCGCAGAUCGAUUGAAUGCGUGGCGUUUUGCGGAGCCGCUCUUCCCGCGGGUGCUUGCGGCGGCCUCGGAUAUUGCACUCUUUCCCAACCGUCUCUCACCCCUGCGUGCAUCUGUUACGACGGGAUGUACAAUGUUACGCUGUCGGUUAACGUGGGUGGUUAUACUGUUACAUACCCUUCGUGCUCGCCAUUCCAAAGCCCCGUCACCCCUCCACCGCCGCCACCAAGCGAUGACACCAUGCGGAAGCGGGACUCCCGCGGUGCGAAAUUGGAUGGCGCAGCACUGAUCAGCGGGUCGUAUUACAACCAGUACUUCCGCCACAUGACAGUUGGAUUCACCGGAACCGUGGCGAGCCCGCAGUGGACCAUUCCCCCGACCGUUGACUGGACGUCCCGCAUCCCGUCUGCCCUUCUCGCCGCGAAGAACCAAGGCGCUUGCUCUGCAUGUUGGAUCUUCGCCCCCGUGGCUGCGAUUGAAGCAGCCUACGCCAUCACCUACAACCUCUCCCCGCCCAACAUAUCUGAGCAGAAGGCGAUUGACUGCCAGGGCACGUGGUCGUGCGACGGAGGCAAGCCUGACGAUGCCUUUAACUACGUUGCGGCCAGCGGCGGACUGCCCGCCUCUGAUAGCUAUCCUUACACGGGCAUUCUCAACUACGGCACGUGCAAGAUCUCUGCUCGCUUCCGCGUCCGCCGCCUCCUUUCCACUGAUGAUGCCGCCUCUACCACCACUGACACCGCUAACACUGUCCCCGCCCACCACUCCCGCAUGCUCGCUAUCUACAAGCCCGCUGGCGCGUCCUCGGUUCCUGCCACAAUGCCAUCCGCUCCCUAUUCCAUCUCCAUGUUUGAAAGCAUCGGCGUGACCGGGUGGCUUGGAAUCGCCCUCGCCGUUCAAAGGCAGCCUGUUGUGGUUUACAUUGAUGCACGCUCAGACUCUUUCAAGGCGUACACUGGCGGGUUUGUGUACAAAGAUCCUGGCUGUUACGGCUCAGGGAUUGUUGACCACUUGGUGGUGGUCGUGGGGUUCAACAUGAUGGAUGCGGUGCCGUACUGGAUCGUCCGCAACUCGUGGGGUCCUUCGUGGGGCGAGAACGGCUACAUGAGGAUUGCGAUUGCAGGCGGCGCGGGGAUCUGCGGGAUGAACACGAUGCCCGGCCUUUACCCCGUUCUUUCAACCCCUGACCCAUGCAAGCCCAUCAACCCGUGCGGGGGGGGUACUUGUACGUCCACUCCGACCAAUAAGAGCCAGCGCAACAAGUGCACGUGCACUGCUGGGUUCAUUGCUGUCACCAACCUCGACAAGACCCAGACCUGCGCCCUCGCCAAGGUGUGCACGUUCUUUGCGGUCAACCCAUGCGGCUUCGGCACAUGUGUCGACGACAGCAAGGGCGGGUACACCUGCCUCUGCUCCUUGGGUUACACCUCCGGUUCUCUCACCGACGGCAGCCCCACUUGUGUGCCGGGCUCACUUGUGUCCAAGGUCGUUCUGCCAACUGCCAUGUCUUGUGGCUUAGUACGCACUACCUACCAGCUUUCCAAGAAGGAUUUUACGCUUCUCAACCCGAAGCUCAAGUGCGCUGGUAACUUCCCUGCUGGCACAACCAUUGUCAUCCGCAGUGCUGGCACUUCUGCUGCUACGUUGGGCUGUGUGGUCCCCUACACGAUUGCUCAGGGCGACACGUGUGCAUCUAUUGCCACACUCUUUAAUGUGACUCAGGCGUACCUCAAUGUUGCCAACCCAGACUUGGAGUGCAACGCUCUCACACCAGGCCAGCAGAUCUGCGUACAAACAGGGACUCCGCAGGUGCAGAGCUGCACCAGUUACUACACUGUCAGCCCAGGCGAGACCUGCAGUGACGUCAUGAUCAAUACCUAUCCUGCAAUCAGUGCUACGCAGCUGUACCAGUACAACCCGGGGCUUAUCUGCUCUUCUGACUCAUCGCAGCGGCUUGUGGGGCAAGAUGUCUGUGUGGAAUCUGUAGUGGUGGGAGCAACAACUUGUUACUAUGGCACCUACACUGUCGUGAGUGGUGACACUUGUUCGAGUGUAGCCUGCAAAGUCUUCCGGUGCUCUUUCUCGCUCAUGUAUUACUACAAUCCUGGAUGGUCAUGCACCAGUUCUUCACUCUAUGUCGGGAAGGUGCUCUGCAAGCCGAGGCCGUGGUAG